AUGGCCAAAUGCAGCACAACAAGCAAGUACCGUAGAGAGAGCAAGUUGGCAGACAUAGAGGCCACAAUAGCCUACUUCGAUGCGAAAGCAAAGGAAGAUCCAGAUUUCUUCUACAGGAUAAGGUUGGACGAUGAGGACCGUGUCAGGAACAUGUAUUGGGUGGAUGGUGCUGCAAGGAGAGCCUACAAACAUUUCCGAGAUUGCAUUUCAUUCGACGCGAUGUACCUCACCAAUAUGUACAAGAUGCCAUGCGCUCCGUUCAUAGGAAUAAAUAACCACAAUCAGUCGUUGCAGUUCGGAUGCGGCCUCGUCCGGAACGAAGACACAGAUGGGUACGUUUGGCUCUUCAAGACCUUCUUGGAGUGCAUGGAUGGACUUGCUCUGAUGAACAUAAUAACGGACCAAGAUUUCAGCAUGCGUGCAGGCAUAGAGGAGGUCUUUCCGUUAGCAGUGCACAGGCACUGCAGGUGGCACAUUAUAAAGAAGGCUGAGGAGACGCUAGGACCGUUCUUUGCCGACCGUCCAGAGCUGCACAAGGCAUUCGAGCUGUGCGUGGACCACAGCUUGACGGUGGAGGAGUUUGAAAGGAGCUGGAUGGCCAUGACUGAAACACAUCAAGUCCAGGACAACAAGACUCUUGUUAGCCUGUGGGAGAAGCGAAUGUACUGGGUGCCGGCCUACUUCAUGCAGUGCUUCUUCCCCUUUCUGCAGACUAUGCAGCGCAGCGAGGGGUUCAAUUCUGUUUUAAAACGGUACGUCAGCCCUGGCAACUCAUUGCUACAGUUUGCCAAGCAGUACACAGCUUUGCAACAAAAAAUUUUGGGAUCUGAGCUACAACAAGAAGCGACCACAGCCCUAAAGCAGCCAAAAUUGCUAACGUAUUUACCGAUGGAGAGGCAAAUGAGCAAGAUAUACACCAACAAGAUCUUUAACAAAUUCCAGGAAGAAAUAAAGCGUGCCAGCAUGUUCACGGCUUUCCGGGUGGACGAACAUACGUUCAAGGUGUGUUCUAUUUUGGGCAUGUUAGAUUCAGAACCUGAAGACGCGGACAAAGGAAGGAACUACUUCGUCAGAGCCUCGAUAGGCGAAGGCGAGUACUACUGCCAAUGCUGCAAAUUCGAACGGGACGUCAUUGUGUGCUGUCACAUACUAAAAGUCAUGGACAUGAACGCUGUGACACGCAUGCCCCGCCAUUUCAUAAGGAGGCGAUGGACUUGGGACGCUGACGAUGCGUUGGCGCUGCAGACAACACACACAGUUCUGGCUGUGCAUGACGAGAGACCUGAGUCAACCAUGGAAGCCGUGAGGCACGUUGUGCUGACAAAGAACUAUGCUGAGCUAAUUGAUGAAGCGUGCAAGAGUGAUGACACAGCGAGAGUCGCAGAAAAACACAGGAAGGCACUGAAAAGAGAGCUUGAUGAGAUCAAAAAAAGGAAAGCCGAGGAAGCCUUACACCGGUUCCCCCGCACAUCAAGUGUGCCUUCAUCCACGGGGCCAUCGUCUGAAAACUCAGAGAUAGGAUCUGGAACAGCAAACACACAAACCGAGGUCAGGAACCCACCCCGUUCCAUCACAAAGGGUCGCUGCCACCGCGACAGCCCGCUCGGGCUCGUCAGUGACCUGCCCGCCAAGUAUUUUGGAGUUGCCUUCCAUGUCAACAUCGCCGCCGACAUAUGGGUACCUACCCGGACACAACCCGACAACGUCCCGCUUCUCCACACGACCUCGGGAGAACUCGUCGAAAAACGGUAUUUCAUUUCGAUUGUCCCCGUGGUGCCUCCAAUUGAUCUCAACGCUGCACUUGUGGUCGGCUGA